CCAUGCUGCCGAGGCUCCUCCCCCUUCUCCCUCCCCAGCUGGCUCCCCAGGCUCUGCUCUGUCCCGCUGCGUCUACGUCUCCCGUGUGCAGCACUUUCCUCUGCCACCGGACAAGCCCGACAUCAGGACUCCCAAUGGCUAACGAAGCUAAUCCCUGCCCAUGUGAUAUUGGUCACAGGCUAGAGUAUGGGGGCAUGGGUCAGGAGGUUCAGGUUGAGCACAUCAGGGCCUAUGUCACCCGGUCCCCCGUGGAUGCAGGCAAGGCUGUGAUUGUCGUUCAAGACAUAUUCGGUUGGCAGAUGCCUAACACCAGGUAUAUGGCUGACAUGAUUGCUGGAAAUGGAUACACAGCCAUCGUCCCAGACUUCUUUGUGGGGCAAGAGCCAUGGGACCCUGCUAAUGACUGGUCCACCUUCCCAGAGUGGGUGAAGAAAAGAAAUGCCAGAAAAAUUGAUCGAGAGGUCGAUGCUGUCUUGAGGUAUCUGAAACAGCAGUGUCAUGCCCAGAAAAUUGGCAUCGUGGGCUUCUGCUGGGGGGGAAUUGCCGUGCACCAUGUGAUGAUGACAUACCCGGAAGUCAAGGCAGGGGUGUCUGUCUAUGGCAUCAUCAGAGAGUCUGAAGAUGUUUAUAAUCUGAGGAACCCUACAUUGUUCAUUUUUGCUGAAAAUGAUGCUGUGAUUCCCCUUGAGCAGGUCUCUGUGCUGACCCAGAAGCUGAAAGAACACUGCAAAGUUAAUCACCAGGUUAAAACCUUUACUGGGCAAACUCACGGCUUUGUGCAUCGUAAGAGAGAAGACUGCUCACCUGCUGACAAGCCUUAUAUCGAGGAGGCGAGGAGGAAUUUGAUCGAGUGGCUGCACAAGUAUGUUUAGCAGCAGCUAAGCACAACUUUCUCAGAACAGCUUUCAUCCAAAAAUUUGCUUUGGAACAUCAUCUAAGUUUUUACUUUACAUAAAUGUACAAAUCCUAAAUUCUUAUAAUCUGAAACACAAACUCAGUAGAAACUUAAUGUCUGAAAAAUACUUUUAACGUGUGCAUCAAAUAAAAUUAUUUACAAAUGAUCAGUACCUAAAGAAUUUGACAAAUGGAGUAAUAAAGUUGUUAGGGAAAAUCUGGGGCUCUCAGGGACCAGCCAGAUGUUCAGGUGUGGCCUUAGGGUGUUCAACUGACAGUCCCUGAAAAUAAGUCGAGUUGCAAAUGGGUCGAUUCAAAACUCCCAGACAUUUGGGUCUCAGGUAGGCUCAAGGUCAUGUUUGUGUAUUUCAGUGCAAGUGGUGUUGAAAUGAGGUUUCCACUGGCUUAAUUAUGUCAAGCUAAUAAACUGGUUUUUCAGUGUUC